GACAAGAUUAUGAAGGUACAGCAAGAUGGCUCUACAGCUUGCAGAAGAGAAAGGUCAAUUAGACAGCGAUACCAGCAAAGGGUGGAGAAUAAAACCAGAGAAUUUUAAAAAAAAUUAUACACCAGUGGAACAUCCAAAAGGAACUUUUCUCCUGUACGAAAUACGCUGGGGCAAAAGUCCCAAGACCUGGAAGAAAUGGUGUACAAAUGAUGACAAUCACCAUGCUGAAAUCAACUUUAUUGAAAAGGCCUGGCAGGAGAAAAAUUGUCACAGAACCAUGCCUUGCUCUGUCACUUGGUUUCUUUCCUGGAGCCCUUGUGAAGAAUGUAGCUGGUUUAUAAUUGAGUUCUUGAAGAAAUACCCUAAGGUAACACUGGACAUACGAGCAUCUCGUCUGUACAGGGAUUGUGAGCAGCAGACAGGACUUAAAGAAUUAGUUAAAAGGGGAGUCAACAUAUCCAUUAUGCAUAUGGGUGAUUAUAAUUAUUGUUGGAGAAUAUUUGUUGAUCAUCAAAGGAACCAGGAUCAGGACAAUCACUAUAUGGGUUUCUCUCGGAAGAUAUGUGACUGGAAUGAAAAACUUCAUUCAAUACUUGACGAAUCCUCCUGACAUGCUAUGGAUGGUCACCCUUUAUGGCUGAUUGAGAAGCAAUGAUGCCCCAAACCUCUUGCCAAACCCAAGUGUCUUUGUAUUUGCUAAGAAUUAUUAGUGUCAGAAAAAAUAUUCAUUUUAUAUGGGCAGUAUUUUCCCAUUCAGAAUUUUUAUAAUGAAAACAUUCCCUUAAAAAAUAAAUGUAUUGUAUAAAAUGGAUACAUUUAUGAAUGAGUUUAUGGGGGCUUUAUGUAUAGCAUAAUAGAAAAAUUAGUUACAAAUACUGUCAUGUUUUUUAUUUCAUAUGAAUGAAGGAUGUUAAUAGAAAAUAAUUAAACAAAUGGGUAGCAAGCAAUAUAAAAUAAAAAUGUUUAUAACAUGAAAAUGAAAAGGGAGACGAUGGGUGCAUGGAGGCUAAGUGAACUGGUGCUUGACAUGGAGUGGGAUGCUGUCCUUUUCAGGUGGGCCUAAGUUCAUCCAUUGCAGAAAUGAGCAGAGCCACACCAGCAUUGCCCAAUAUUAAGCUGUGGUCAUAAAGCUAUCCCACUUCCUUUUUUCUCCCCCUUACAGCACUGAUGUCAGUGCAUUAUAUGAGACUAUAGAAUGUAUGCAGUACAAAAAUUGUGGU